AUUGGGAGUAUAUUGAUGAACAACAAAAAUGAAUUAGAACUGCAGAUAAAUAAUUCUGCCUGGCUAGACCAAUCGGGCAAGUUGGCAUCAAUAUAUAAAAUUUCACAAUUGACAGAAUUUAUUGGACAUCCUACUUGGUACAGAAAUGACACUGCAAUCGAUGAAUAUUAUAAUAACUUAACGAUCGGUACCAGUUACUUCAGAAAUGGCUUAAACAAGAAACGAUUCUCGGUCAAGAAGUCAUUACAAGCGCUGACGAACACAAUAAACAAUAAUCUCAACAGUAUAGUAUGGAAGGAUGGAAUUUUCAGAAUGAAUGCGCAGUAUUCCCAGAAAAUCAACGCAAUAAUACUGCCAGCAGGAGUUAUGCAAUUACCAUUUUUCAUGAACGACAUACCCGAGCCCGUUCAAUAUGGCGCCCUUGGUUCAAUGAUAGGGCAUGAAUUAUCUCACUCUUUCGACGAAAGUGGACGAAAACUAGCUUACGACUCAUCACCAAUGAUAUGGUCCGAGGAAUCAGUUCGAGCAUUCAGAGCGAAAGCUCAAUGUUUUAUCAAUCAGUAUAAUAAAUUCCAAUAUGAACUAGAACCAGUAAAUUUUACCGCAUAUGUGAAUGGCGCAAAGACCGAAAUGGAAAACAUGGCGGACAAUGUUGGCCUUCAUAUUAAUUAUGCCGCUUUUCGACAAGAAACUAGACGUAAACAAAGGAAUUAUCGGAGAUUACCUGGCUUACAAUAUUUUCAAAACGAUCAGUUGUUUUUCCUCUCUUAUGCCAAUAUUUGGUGCGAAAAUACAAUGCCAGUAUACUUGGCGUACUUAACAAAAUUUCCUAGCAAUCACUGUAUUGGAAAGCAUCGAACUAUUGGUUCUUUAUCUAAUACAGAAGCUUUUGCCAAUGCUUUUCAUUGCCCAAAGGGCAGUGCCAUGAAUGCAAAUGAUAAAUGCAGUUUAUGGGCGUAAUAAAAAUGUGUUUCUAAAAUUUAUUGCGAUGCGGUUCACCUCCCCGACCAUCAAAUCGUCCUAAGUCCGG